UAUCGAUACUUUGACCGAUUAUCAAGAAGCCCAAUCCCUAGGUAAUUUGCGGAAAUUGUCAAUUAUUGUAAAAAGGAAACUGCACAAUGUCCACGAAGCAAAGUUCAAAGAAGUUUAAAUGGGCCCUUGACUUUAACACAAGCAAAAAUGGUGACAUGACCUCGCCACUCGGGUACAAUCCAGCUGCACUGGUGAACCAGACCGAUGCAGCUGGUCGAGAUCAACGCUUGGUAAUAAAAAAGUCUUGGGAUCUCGCUCUAGGACCUCUAAAAAAUAUUCCUAUGAACCUUUUCAUCAUGUACAUGUCCGGAAAUUCUAUUUCCAUUUUUCCCAUUAUGAUGGUAGGAAUGAUGUUAAUUCGUCCUAUUAAGGCUAUGUUCACCACACAAGUAACCUCCAAAAUGGCCGAGGGUGCUCAAGGAACCGGCCAGCGUAUAGUCUACUUCCUUGGUAACCUGGCUAAUGUUGCCCUCGCUCUUUACAAGUGCCACAGCAUGGGCCUGCUGCCCACGCAUGCUUCCGACUGGCUUGCAUUCGUCGAACCCCAGACCCGUCUCGAACAUUAUGGCGGUGGAGUUUCCUUUAUUUAGGUCAAGUUCUUGGCGGACGAAAAAAUUAUAAAGGCUUUAUUAUAUUAUA